UGUGAACACGCUGCUUGGAUAACGCAACAAGGCUUCGCUUGAAAAUAAGAAAAAGAUCUGCAACAGCUGCCACCAUGCUCAAGUGGGCUGUCAACCAGCCGCGUCCUUCCUACCUGGAGGGGGGCAAAGCAGUCCAAGCUGUCCUUGGCAGUGGCAUCGACUACAAUGACUUUCAUGCGGCAGCCCCAAUUCCAAUUCCAACUCCAAUUUCGAUUGGGACUCCUUUCCCCACUCCACAGGCGACUCCUGCAGGAUUAGCGCAGCAGCGCUUCAAGCUGAAGAAGCGCAAUUCUCUGCUGCCUGCUUUGAAUUUGGGCAAGGAGAAUCAGUUGACUUCGACGCCGCUGCCCGCUGCUGCCUCUACAGUCUCCUACUCAGCCUCCGCCUCCUCCUCCUCGUGUCCGCGCACGCCCCUCCUCCGGGAUCUCAGCAACAUCAUGACCCCAGCCACGCCCACACCCACCACAACAGCCGCUCUGCACCGUGCCCGAAGUCAGUUGAAGCCAACAACGGUCUACGCCUCCACGCUGCCUACCUUCGAGGCGGAGUUCUCGCCCAGCUACGGACUCAAUGGGAACAACAACAGCAACAACAUCAUUCCAGGCCCACUGCUGGCGCUGCGUGGAAUGGGCAUCCCGGACAGCUAUUUCGAGAAGCCACGCUACCUGGAACAGAAGCCACUACCACAGCUGCCAGCCAGAACUGUUGGAGCAGCUGUUGCUCCUCCUCCUACUCCUGCUCCUGCUCCUGUUGCUGUUCCUGCUCCUGCUCCUGCUGCUCUCCUUGAGCAGACAACGCUCAGCUCGACUCAAAUGGGCGAUGUCACCUUGGAGCGGAUGAUCGAUGCCAUUCUGGAGAGCACUCGUAAGGCACCCGUGGCCAGUCGACCAGGUGCUGCUCCUUCCCUUCGCAGUUGCCAACGCCUGCGUCAACGCCAGCGUCAACAUCAUCGCCAGGAGCAGCGUCUCAUCUCGACUGCAAGGACGGUCGUCCACUCGCCCACCUAUCGACCCGCCUUCGACCCGGCCAGCGAUCUCUGCGAGUACUGGCAGCCAGAUGGCUACCAGGAGCGAGAAGUGCGCUCUCCGCAGGAACAGGCACAGCCUCCGUCUGGGUCUGGAUCUGGAGGUGGAUGUGGAGUGGGGGGAAAGAGUGGGAAGAGGCGUUCGCUGCAGCUGCAGUUGCGCAGGCAGCGUGUGGUGCGGCGCAAGCGGAAGAUUACCACGAAGAUCUCGUCGAGCGUUAGGCAGUCGGCGCAGAAGCUUCUUGCAGCCGCCUCGCGUUCUGCCCAGAAGCUGCCCCACUCCCGCUCCCGCCACAUAAGCCCUGAUAGCGGACACAACUCCACCAGCGACUGCGACUUUGGGGAGGAGGCUGGCCCAUUUGGCGUUUGCCUCCUGGAGGCGGCAACCAAGCGGCGUCUUAGCUUCUCCUUUCACGAGGACAUCUCUGUGGAGAAGUAAGAUGAGUUCCUGCGCCACAAAAAAAAACAAAAAAAAAACUGGAAUUCAACUUCAAUU